GUCUGGCUACAUCUCAAAAGAAAAGAGUCGGUGCUGCCUUGCCCUCCGCGUUGGUCGGGUGCUGCCUGCAGAGCGUUAUUUAAGUUUGACAACUAGAGAAGAGUUUGGCUUGAUUCCUGAGACUCCGUUGCUGUGCCAUUUUUCAGCAGAGCGGGCAUGAGAAGUUUACAACCAGCUCUGCUAUGAGCAAGCGAGUUCUGCCAAACAAAAUGCCACCGGAGUUUCGUAACAUGUGUGUCCUUCUGCCAAACCGAGACCAACUCAGUGUGACUGUCAGGGUAAAAGCAACUGGGCAAGAACUGUUUGAUCAAGUUUGCGACGUUCUGAAAAUUAAAGAUCCUCACUUCUUUGGCAUCAGUGUUGUAAAAAACAAUGAGUAUGUAUUUAUUGACCUGCAGCAGAAGCUUUGCAAAUAUUUCCCAAAGGAGUGGAAGAAAGAAACAAACAAAGGAACAGAGAAAUUCAGCCCUCCUUUGGUCACUUUCUUCAGAGUACAGUACUAUGUGGAAAAUGGACGGGUAAUAAGUGACAAGGUGGCACGGCACUACUACUAUUGUCAUCUCAGGGAACAGGUCCUGCGGUCUCGCUGCAUGGACAAAGAAGAGGUCUACUUCCUGCUGGCUGCCUAUGGCUUGCAAGUUGACGUGGGAGACUACCGGGAAAACUUCCACAGAGAGAACUACUUUGAACCCCAGACUUACUUCCCACAGUGGAUAAUUGCAAAGCGAGGGAGUGAUUAUAUCCUGAAGCAUGCUCCAGAGAUGCACCGAGAGCAGCAAGGCCUGUCAACCAAAGAAGCUAUUCUGAAAUAUGUUAAGGAGUCGUGCUUGCUGGAAGAUGUGCCGGUCCACUUCUACAGGCUGCAGAAGGAUAAGAAGGAGGACCGCCCCACAAUCAUCUUGGGUCUGACCCUUAAAGGGAUGCACAUCUAUCAGGAAGUGAACCACGUUCGCCAGUUACUCUAUGACUUCCCCUGGUCAUAUAUAGGAAAACUUGCAUUUUUGGGGAAAAAAUUUGUGAUCCAGCCAGAUGGUUUGCCUUCUGCCCGGAAGCUGGUUUACUAUACCGGUUGCCCUUUUCGGUCUCGCCACUUGCUGCAGCUGCUCAGCAACAGCCAUAGGCUGUUCCUUAAUAUCCAGCCAGUCCUUAAGCAGAUCCAGAUGCUGGAAGAUGCAGAAGAAAAGAAACGAUACCGGGAAUCUUACAUUAGUGACACCUUGGAGAUGGAUCUUGACCCCUCUGACAAACAUUCUCAUGGCAGUGGAAGCAGCAGAGGAAGUGGUAGAAACAACCGUUUAUCUCGACAGUCAACGGACAGUCAUGGCAGCUCCCACACAUCUGGCAUCGAGGCCGACUCGAAACAUCGGAUAUCUGUAGAGAUGUCUGUGGACGAGCCCUUUGGCCUGGAUCGCAUUCAUCAAAAGGAGCAGUCUUGCAGUUCAAACCUCAGUUGUGGCAGCUCUGGCAUUGGCAGCGGCAGCAAAGAGAGAGGAGAAGAGGACUCCCAGGAUGAUGAGGUGGAAUUGGGAGUGGAUGAGCCGGACGAGGUACCUGUGGAUGAGUCUGAGUUAGAAGAAGAUGUGCAUGAGAAGCCUGCAGAUUCUCAUGUAGAAGAUGGUGUUUGCUGUCAAGAUAUUAAAAAGAAUCAUCUUGCAGUAGUACAAGUCACAUUAAUAAAGAUUAAAGGCCAAAGUGUGGAAUCUCUUCAGCAGAUUGCAAAGCCUACAGCUCCAAAGAGCCAUGACCAGCACAGUCAAAGUCUAGAUGACAUCCGGCUUCGCAAGUGUCUUCAUCCACCUCUAAGUGCCACCCUAUCUUCAGACACGUCCCACAGCUACACUUUUGGUUGCGGUCUGGAGGAUAAGCUGGCCGGCUACGGCUGUGUGUAUUCAACAGCUGACUGUAAAACAAAGUCGGCCCUCUAUGGAAAGAGGUCCAUGAACUGUUUGUCCUUGGAUCUCUUGGGAGAAGAUCAGCUCCCUGAGGAAUUUGUGGUUUGAAGCUCUCGGACGGUCUUGCUGAAGAGCAUCCACCAAAAUAGAAUGACUACUGAUUUCAAUCAAAAAUGGAAACCAUGUCCUCUCUCCAACUUUCUUUCUCUGUGUAUAUAUCUACAUACCUCAUCAUGUGGGAAGCCUUUCUUCCAGAUUGUUAUUACUCUUGGCUUAUCAAAGUUGUUCUGCCCAUUAAACCUGAACAAAGUGGAAAUGAAUAAUAAAACCAGAACCUCUUCAGUGCUGUGUCUAAGCAGUGCUCUAGGCAGAAAUAUUUCUCUUGCUGAAAAGACUGGUGAACAAAUGAUGCAAAACAUUGCACAUGCUAGGAGAAUAUGCAGAAUUAUUUUGUCUACUGUUUUUUUAAUCGUUAUCUAACAUACUCCUCCCAUUUUCUUCACAAACUUUAUAAUUUUAUUGUCAUUGGAUUCUUGAGAAGGUGAAUCUAUCAAUGUUUUAGGUCUUUGAUCAUGAUUAUUCCAAAAUUAUUGAUAACUGCUGAGUGUAUUUAGAUCAGCAGUAGGUCAUUGGGGGAGAUGAUUUUGAAGUUUUGUACAUCUUUGGGUUUCCUCCUCACCUCAUUUCAUUCCUUGAAAACUGCCCAAGAAGUUGACUGAAUACGUUUUUUUAGAAACAACCAACAUUUAUACAGUAAUUGGAACCCUAUGAGUGUUUGCUUAAGGUGUGCACAUCUUACUGUGGCUAAUUGAUGAGGUGCCAGGUCGCAGCAUUAGUUGUGCGGCUAGCAAACAUGUGGCCAAUAUGUGCUCCAGUACCUCAGCAAUCUGCCAUGGCAAGUUACGUGAACCUUAUGGAACACCAAUAGGAUUCUGCCUAUUUACUGAAUACUCACAAGGUUCUGAGUUGCACGACAGAGCAACAUGUAAGAAAGUGGCAGGAUGGUUUUAUGAAUAAAGAAUGUCAGUGCAUUUUUAGAAA